AUGGAACCAUCCAGGGACAGCCUGGACGCACGGUGGUGCGCAGUGACCGGCGGGCGGGGAUUCAUGGGGAGGCACCUGGUUAUGGCGCUGCUCCGCUCCGGAGGAUGGCGCGUUCGUAUCACCGACAUCGGCGCCGACGCCGCACUGGAACCCGUCGAGAAUGAAGGACUUCUCGGCGCCGCCCUUCGCGACGGCCGUGCCGUGUACGUCUGCGCCGACGUAUGCAAACUAGGCCAACUUACAGAAGCUUUCGAAGGGGUAGACACCGUUUUCCACACUGCUGCGCCGGAUCCUGCCAACAACAACUUCCCUCUUCAUUACAAGGUCAACGUCGAGGGGACAAAGAAUGUCGUCGAGGCUUGUAACACAUGCAAGGUUAAAAAGCUAAUAUACACUAGCUCGAGUGGGGUUGUAUUCGACGGAGUUCAUGGCCUCUUCAGCGUAGAUGAAUCAACGCCAUAUCCAGAUAAGUUUGCAGAUGCCUACACAGAAACGAAGGCAGAAGCUGAAAAGCUAGUAAUGAACGCCAAUGACACAGAUGAGCUUCUCACUUGUUGUAUACGUCCUGGAGGCAUUUUUGGUCCCGGUGGUAGGCUGGUGCCAAUAUUAGUUUCUUGGAGAGGAUUUAUUGUUAUUAUGGGUGAUGGAAAGAAUUGUGAUGAUUUUGUAUAUGUUGAUAAUGUGGUGCACGGUCAUUUAUGUGCUGAGAAAACACUUUCUACCAGAGAAGGUGCAAGGAGAAGUGGAGGCAAAGCCUACUUUAUAACUAAUAUGGAGCCAAUGAAUUUGUGGGACUUUUUCUAUAUGGUUUUGGAAGACCUUGGAUACAAAAGCCGAUUUAAAUUAAGAAUACCUUUGUAUCUCCUCAUGCCUAUAAUAUUUCUGGUUGAGUGGAGCUACAAGAAAAUAUUAUCUCGCUUUGGAAUGCAUAACCCUAGCGCAGUAACAUCCACAACCAUUAAGUAUGCCACGGUGAAUAGAACAUUCACCUGCAACAACGCUGCUGAACAACUUGGUUACAAACCAAUAGUGUCACUCAAGGAGGGAGUAAAGAUGACUACUGAAUUCUACAAGCAGUUCAUGGCGUGAGAUACACACAUUUA